AUGGCCUCUUUCAUGGACACUUUCAUGUUCCUCCUCGUCCUAACCAACGCUCAAAACGCCCCAGGUGACUACCUCGUGCUUCACAACCGCGCUCGAGCCCAGGUCGACGUCAACCCCAUGCAAUGGAGCAAUACUGUGGCCGCGUACGCUAUGGCCUAUGCGGAAAAAAGAAAGGGUGACUGCGCCAUGAUUCACUCAAUCGGGCCGUACGGGGAAAACAUAGCUGCGGGCUACUACCCUGAGUUCACUGGGGCGGAUGCGGUGAAGCUAUGGGCGAACGAGAAGUCGCUGUAUGAUCAUGCGUCGAAUAAAUGCAUGGGUGGUGAAUGUGGGCACUACACUUAG